GUCGUCAUCAACUCAUAUUCGGGUCACUGCUGAGCUCGAGUCUCCUCUCAGAAUGGGAGGGGUAAGGCCAAUAGUCCACCACGCUGACCCAAUGCGGAUUGGCAGACUUCACACACGCAGAGAAUUAAGAUAAUUCUCUAGUAUGCGGGUUUCCUUACGAUGUUGUCUUUCACCGAUUGAGACACGUCAUAUUUAAUUUCUUAAACAAUUUUUGUAUCUUUGACAAUUUAUGUAGUCAGUAAUGUAGUACAUUUCAUUUCCAACAUAGUUAUUUUUUUAAUUACGUACCUACCUCUAAAAGAAAAUAUGGAACUACUUUUUUGUCUGUCGGUCUCCUAAGACUCUUUUUCUCAUGUAUUCUUGUGCCAAGUUUUAAUAAUUAUCUAUUGAUCUCGUUUUCUCAGUUGAAGAUGUACAAAAACUAAACAAUUAAAGAAUAUAUACCUAUCGUCCAUACAUCCAAUCACCUAUACCGUGCAGUAUGAAUUAGUUUGAUAAAAUAAUGGAGGAAAGGUUAUCAGUUAUACUACUCUUGUGAUAAACACUUUUCCAUUAUACAGAUAAUAAAUCGUAUCGGAAGGUAAAUCGUUUUGUCUUUGAGGUAUUCCAAAACAUCUUCUACGAAUGUGUAAAAACCGAACAAUUUCAAACACCUUAUUUCCUUAAAGUAUAAAGGUGUACUGAUUUAACGAUUUCGAAAUCAGUGCAAGUGAGGACGUCUCCAUAGUAAUAUGUUUUGUUUAAAAGAUAAAGUGGCGUUGGUUACUGGCGGAGCCAAUGGCAUAGGAGCGGCGAUAGUGAAAGAAUUUUUAAAAGAAGGUGUUAAGUUUGUUUCCAUACUGGAUCUUGAAGAAAAAUCUGGAACAGCUCUCGCCGAAGCAUUAGCGGCGACAUAUGGGAAGGAUAAAGUUGAAUUUUUCAAAUGCGACGUCACAAAAGAUGAUGAACUGUUUGCUGCUUUUGAGAAAACAGCGAAAGCAAAUGGUGGUCUUGAUAUAGUAGUUAACAACGCUGGUAUAGCAAAUGACGAUAUUUACAAGAAAGAGAUUGAAGUUAAUUUUACUGCUCUUGUUACGAGUACCUUGAAGGCUUUGAAAUUGAUGCGAAGUGACCGAGGUGGUAAAGGAGGAACUGUAAUAAAUGUUUCUUCGGUCAGUGCACUUGCUUUACUAUCACCAACGGCCUUCGUCUAUGGCGCAACGAAAGCCGCAGGUCUUCAUUUUACAUCAAGUAUUGGGAAAGAAGCCUAUUACAGUAGCACAAAAGUUCGAACUUUAAGCAUAUGUUUCGGAGCUACAGACACCGAUUUAAUAUCUGAUGUACGAAGCUUUGAUGAAGAGCUGACACAGAAAAUGAAAACUAUAGUAAAAUAUGAUCCAUUGCAAACUGCAGAAGAUGCAGCUAAGGGUGUUGUGGAAGCAUAUAAAACUGGAGACAGUGGCAGUACUUGGCUCAUAUGGUGUAAAGUUCAAGACAUCACUGACAGAGUUAAAAAAGGUUAUGAAAUUAUGGCUGGAGAUAUAUUUGACUAAUUCGACAAUGAAAAUAUUUUCUGUAAUAAAUAUGUACAUCUUUGUAAUAAUUGUAAUUACAGUGUUUUUCCAUACGGUUUUCUGUGUUUUUAU